GGCUGUUGAGGAUUUCGCAGCAGAGGUUUGCCGAAGAGUUGGCUGCAGAGUACGGAAUUGAGUGGGGGAGGAGUGUGCCCUUGCCUGUGAGCGUGAAGCUCACCGAAAUUUGACGAGAACGAAGCGUGUGCUGACGUCCCGUUUCGCGAGUUGGUAGGAUCUCUGAUGUGGUUGGCCACUCAAACCAGGCCGGACAUCGCGAAUGCAGUACGAGCAGUAGCGCGGUAUUGCGCGUCUCCCAAGAUGGUGCACUGGAAGGCAGCACUUGGUAUUUUAGGGUACGUGCGUAGGACGAGUUGGAUGGGGAUUACAUUUGAGAGGGGAGUGGUCACUGGCAUGAGCAUGCAGGUGUUUGUGGAUGCCGACUAUGCAAGCAAGGCAGCAGACCGUAGGUCGGUCUCAGGAGGACUAGUGAUGUGUGGGGGUGGGUGUGUGACUUGGUUUUCGAGGACGCAGAAGUGCGUCACGCUCUCCACAACGGAAGCAGAGUAUGUGGCAAUUGCCGACGUCUUGAAGGAAGUGCUUUUCUUGAGGCAGGUUUGGCGUUUUAUGUUGCCAGAUGCAGGUAUGCCGUGCAUUCCGGUCUUCGAGGAUAAUCAGGGAGCGAUUCAGAUUGCGCACAACCCGAUCACGAACUCAAACUCGAAGCACAUCGAUGUACGGCAUCACUUUAUCAGGGAACUGGUAGAGAGGAAGGAGAUUUCGAUUACGCAUGUGACGCCGGAGUUUCAGCAUGCAGAUUUCUUGACGAAGGCUAUCAGCAAGGAAUCUUUUGCGUUGCACAGAGACUUUGUGAUGAAUUUGCAGUGAAAGAAGUGUUUUCGGAUCAAAUCGUGUUUUUCCGCGGAGUGGAAGAGAGAGGAUAUGUACGGGCUUGAACAAGAGAUGGAGAGAGGCAAGUGGAGAUGGUAGUGCUUUGGAGAGUUAGUGUUAGGGAUUUUUCUUGUUGAUUUGGGAGAGUUGGUAUGCGAUUGAUUAUUUUCGGACGUAUUGUAUUGGUGUUGGGAUUUUGUAUUUUCGUUUUCUUGGUUUUGUGUUUUGGGAUGAACUGGUAUGAAAAGGAUGACUUUGAUAUUUUCCCGGAGCAUGACGAUGCAUACGAGCAGGGGGGAUAUUCGAUAUACUCGUAGCAUAGUAUGAUGGUUGAGAUGUUAUGUACGUACGUACGAAUAUUGCAGUGAUGAGAUGCGGAGGAACAGGAACUUUCUACAUAUUUUCCUUGGUUGUGAGAGGCUUUUGGUGAGGAUUCAGAGAGAUUCGUUGUGUGAGAAAGCAUGAAGGCGUGACUCGAUACCGUGAUGGUUUGACGAGCACGAGCACGCCCCCGAUUAAUACAACACUACAACACGACAAAACGGAUACAACACGUUUCCCAACACGUCCCUACCCUACCACGGCCCGUCAUGGCCCAGCUGCUCUACACUCCCAACACAAAGAACUGAGCCACCGAAUUAUCGAUCAACGUCUGCACUAUACCCCCAGAAACAUAUCCGCUGGUUGGAGAAAGGGUAACACAUGGAGUCUGGCGUGACCGCCGAUGGCGGU